AUGGAAGAACCAAAUAUUGCCAAAGCUAAACAGCAAAAUAAGGCUAGUGGCUGUGAUGUAUCUCCUAUACUGAACGAAAUGGACAAACAGACAUCUCCACCGACAUUUCAUCGAACCAAUAAGUUUACGUCCGUCUUCCAGUCGAUUGUCGACUCGUAUGGUAUCGCCAAUUAUCGAGAAGUCAAUCCAGCUCCCUACACUAUAAUCACGUUUCCUUUUUUGUUCGCUGUGAUGUUCGCUGACGCCGCACAUGGGCUAAUUUUGUUUUUAGCAGGAGUCUAUACGUUGUUAAUUCAGAUGAUAAUAAUAGAUGAUAAUAAGCUCUUUUUUCAGAUUUUUAAUACUUUCUUUGGUGGACGUUAUAUUAUUGUGAUGAUGGGCUUAUUUUCUAUUUACACUGGAAUUCUCUACAAUGAUGCGUUUGCCAAAUCAUUUAAUGUGUUUGGAAGCUCUUGGGUGAAUCCGUACAAGUGAGA